AAGAUGCCAAAGGGGAAGAAGGCCAAGGGGAAGAAGGUGGCGUCAGUGCCCGCCAUGGUCAAGAAACAGGAGGCCAAGAAGGUCGUCAACCCGCUCGAGAAGCCUACCAAGAACUUCGGCAUCAGGCAGGACAUCCAGCCCAAGCGGGACUUGAUGCACUUUGUGAAGUGGCCACGCUACAUCCGGCUCCAGCGCCAGAGGGCCAUCCUCUACAAGCGGUUCAAGGUGCCCCCCAUCAUCAACCUCUUCACCCAGGCCCUGGACCGCCAGACAGCCGUCCAGUUGCUGAAGCUGGCCCACAAGUACUGGUCGGAGAACAAGCAGGAGAAGAAGCAGCGGCUGGUGGCCAGGGCCGAGCAGAAGGCAGCUGGGAAGGGGAACGUCUCCACCAAGAGGCCCCCCGUCCUAAGGGCAGGGGUCAACACUGUGACCACGUUGGUGGAGAACAAGAUCCAGCUGGUGGUCAUUGCCCACGAUGUGGACCCUGUUGAGCUAGUGGUCUUCCUGACUGUCUUAUGCCGGAAAAUUGGGAUCCCCUACUGCAUCAUCAAGAGCAAGGUCCGUCUGUGGCGCCUCGUCCACCGCAAGACCUGCACUGCCUUCACCCAAGUGAACCCGGAGGACAAGGGAGCCUUGGCCAAACUGGUGGAAGCUGUCAAGACCUAUUGCAAUGAGAGAUAUGACGAGAUCCGCCACCAUUGGGGCAGGAACGUCCUGGGGCCGAAGUCGGUGGCCCGCAUCACCAAGUUGGAAAAGGCAAAAGCUAACGAAUUGGCCACGAAACUCGGGUAG